AUGAUCAAGGGCACGGACCGCGGCGCCGACGUCGAGGUGACGAAGCGGGCCGCCAUCGACAACAUCCUCGAGGAGCUGGAGCUGCGCGGGCAGCAGCAAAUGCCGCGGCCGCUGGAUAACAACCCGCUGCUGUGGGGCAACUACGAGGUGGCGUACACCAGCGCCGGCCCGGCGCAGAACGGCGCGCCCGCGGGCGGGCGCUUCCGCGGCCCCCUCGGUCGCCUGCUCUUCCGCACGCGCGGCCUGUACCAGUCCGUCUUCGAGCCCAGCGACCCAAGCGACCCCCCCACGGCGGUAAACAAGGUCGAGUUUUCCCUUCUGGGGUUUCUACCUGGCUGGGCGGGGCUGCGCGGCAAGGUGGAGCCGGAGGGCGCGGGGAACAUGGACACGGUCAAGGUCACGUUCGCGCCCGCGCGGGUGAACCUCUUCGGCCUUGAGAUGGUGCUGGGCAAGCCGUCGUCCGUCGUGCUGCAGACGGUGUACCUCGACGAGCGCGUGCGCCUCGGGCGGGGCUCCCGCGGCUCCCUCUUCGUCUUCCGGCGCGGUGGGGCCGCCGAAUCAGCAGGCAUGGAAACCCUGGGGACUGGCGCCGGGGUGCCCGGGCGGAUGGUGCUCGGGGCGAUCACGCUGGCGCUGCUGUGCGCUGGGCUGGCGCUGGUGGUCGGCGUGCCGCCGGGGUCGUCAGGGUGGGCUGGGAAGGUGGCGGGGGCGGCGUUGCUGGCGGUGACGGGGCUGUGCGGCGCGGUGCUGCGGCGCGGCGGGCAGGAGAACGACCCGGACGCGGGGUCGGCGCUGAAUCAGGAGGAGAUGGAGAUGGCGGAGCAGAUGGCCGCGGUCGCGGAUGCAGGCGCGGAGGCGCGUGCGGGGUAG